AUGAAUUCUGACACUGAUCACUCGAAUUGGAAUAUUAUUUAUCCAACUUAUUUGGAUAAGGAUUCUACUACUAGCCAGGGAAGGAAAGUUAAUUUAUCGAUCGCAGUUUCCAAGCCGACUUUGGAGGAAAUUAAAUCAGUUUUAGAGCACUUGAACGUACCACAUAUCUUAGAACCGCGUAAAAGGUAUCCUAGGAAUUGGCUCGUCCCUGGUAGAGUUAGAGUAUUCUUAGGGGAUCACUCUGUCUACUUAUCGCAUAAUGCACGUUUAGAGAAACAGUUGUUGAACGAAGUUGCAACUCUAAUAUCGCAGUUGAAGACAAGGCAGACCUCGAUCAGUAGCAGCAAGUCGAGCACCGACAAGGGCUCCGGCGGCUCUACCUCCAGUAAAAAGAAGCCUGGCAAGAAGAAGCGCUGA